AGAACGUGUCCGCCAAGUUGUCCGCCAUAUUUUGUAAACGUGUUUGUCUUGCGGAAAUUUCUCAGAUUCUUUUUAAAUUUGUAUUUCGUCUAUUCGCUGACCCAUUUGUCAGUUAAGGUAGGUGCAUUGAUUACUUUCUUUUGUCUCUCAUUACGAAAAAUUAAUUGCAGUUCUGCCGGUUUAAGCCCUAUUUCAUAAACAUGACCAGCCGAAGUAAGUUUGCUUUCACAGCUACGGAGAAAUUUUCCUUCGCAAUUGUUUGGCUCCGCUCAAUGUUUUUCUAUUGUUUUGAUGUUAUCAUCCCGUUUAGAUUAAAAGGUUUAGCUGCCAAACUUUGUUUUUGAUAAUAUUGUGUGUACCUAAUUCAGUUUGGAGAUUUACAAAUUAAUCAGUGUAAGCUUAUAUAUUUCUUUGACUACUUUUUCUCUUCAUGUGCAGUUUAGGCGCUCCUCAUUCAUUCAACAACAUCGUUUUCUUCAGUUUACGUAAAGUUAAGGAAAGAUUAAUUAAUCCUAUAUAAACUUAUGUUUGUCAAAUAAUAUCGAGUAUCGUGAAACGUUUUGAUAAUACGAGGCCAGCAUUCUAGGCCUCUGAACGAGGUUUUUCCAAGUGAAACAAAAAUAUUGUUUUCAAUGUUGUUUUGAUUUUGUUUUGAACUUUGCCACAUACAUGUAAGCUUACUUUAUGUUUCUGUAAAUUUGCUUGUCUUGGCUACUCCGUGUUAGUGUACUUACAGUCAUCAUAAAUACCACUUUUCAGCAUGACACAAGUUGUGACAAUUCAACCAACAACGCAGUCCCCCACGAGGGAGUGGAAUUCUGGAUUGUUUGCCUGUUUCAAUGAUAUUCAAAGCUGUAAGUUAGCCUUGUUUUUAUUAAAACAGUCUUGCUAUCUAUCCAUUGAUAAUUAUUAAUGUUGACUGACAAAUGCCCCGGCUAAAGCUUAAAGACUGUAUAGGCGGAUUCAUGGUGACGUCAUUGCUUACAUUUUGCUCAUUAGCAUACGAGUUAACCCGUAAAAGAUGUAGCCGUAUAUACUAAUUAGGUUCAAAACUUAAAAGAGCUGGUUAGUUUAUUCAGUUUGUGCAACUUUCAGCUCUUUGCAAUCAGUAACAAAGAAAAUUGCUGCAAUUAAAAACUGCAAAAUUACUGGGUGGCAAAACGUUAAUGAGCUCAUACAUCUUUAUAAAUUUUGAGGUUUUUCAAAGAGAAAUUCUCCGAAAUUAUUAGGUAUAUCCUGCUCAAAUUUCAGAGAUAACUGAAAUUGCUAUGCCCUUUCAAUAUUCAGAAAUUUCGAUUUGUUAGCUUCAUCAGGUAACGAUUAGCCUAUGCUAAUGAGGCAAAAAAUGUAAACUAGGAUUCGCCUGUAAGUACAGUCAAGAUGUAAGAUGGACACCUUCGGGACCGACCCCCACUGUCCGUUUUAGAGAGGUUCUUCGGCUUAUAGAGAGUCAAGGUGACCUUACAUCAGUUAUUAUAAGAAAAUAAAGAUGAACCUAUUCCCAAUGAUUACACACCUGUUUUACUAGUGUAAAACAGUAAACUGGAACGUAGUGUAGUAUAAAAAAUGAAUUGUUUUGUCAUGUAAUUUGUUUCCCCUACUUGCAAUUUACAGUUAUGUAGAACACCUACAUUUACAUUUUGAGGUAUAUUUUACCACACAAAGCACUUCUCAAGUGUCCGUUCCCGGUUUUAAAUAUGUUCCUUGUCCGUCUUACACUGGACGAAAAAACGGAUUUACCUCUAUAGCAAAUUUGGAGCAAAUCAUCUGCAAAUGCCACAUUUGCUUAAUUUUGCUCAAUUUUGCCACAUGACAUAGGACCAACUUUGCCAUAAUUUUGCAUCAGUGGCAAAGGUGGUAAAUGCCGAAUUUGCCUCAAAUUUGCCCCGUGUGUAAAAACAAGGAUAACCUUUACUUUAUCAAGGCAUUUACAGGGGUGUCAAACUUGAUAGCAAAACUGACAAUUGUCAGGUUUUUGCCCAAAUGGGCAAAAGCGAUCGAAGAUGAAUUUUUGAAUGCUUUUGCUCUCUAUAGCAAAUUCGGUCAAAGUAGUAAUUUGCCACAUUUUUGCUCAAUGUAGCAAAAGUGACCAAAACUCAUUUUUCAACAGUUUUGCCCAGGAUAGUAAAUCUGAGCAAAAAUUCACUUUAUUUGUGUAUCGCCCAGUGUAGUAAAUGAGGACAAAUUAUCACUUCUUCCGUAUCUUUGCUCAGUGUGGUAAAUAUGAUCAAAAUAGGCGUUUGCCACUGGUUUGCUCAGGGUAGCAAAUUUGGCCAAAUACCACUUUUUUCUCAAGUUUGCUCAGGGUGGCAGAUAUGAUCAAAACAGUAGUUUCCCAUACUUUUCCCCAUUGUAGCAAAGUUCAUCAAAUAUCAGUUCUUCUGUAUCUUUGCUCAGGAUGGCAAAUAUUGCCAUGAUAGCAGUUUUCCAUACUUAAAGUAAGGUAAACAAAGUUGAUUAAAAUAUCACUUUUUUACACUUUCACUCAAGAUAGCAAAUUUGAUCAAAACAUCAUUAUCCAGAUGUUUCUUAUUUUUAUUUGGUACCAUACAUGACUCACAAACAAUUAAGACACCAAACAAAAUUUCAAGAAUAAAAUGACUUUAUUAUCUUUAAUAUACACUGUACAAUAAAAAGCAAGAUAAAUUAAAAGAAAGUUCCAUUGGCCUCUGCAGGGCACUGCAUGUACCACAAAAUAUAUGCCUUUAAAUAAAAAGCACAUACAAUGUGAAACUAUCUAAAUUCAUAAGUGUAUAAGAAUGUACAUUGGGUUUGAAAGUGCAAGUCAACACUAGCUGGUUCAUAAUUAUCUAAGGUUGGUACAGGUAAAACGUAACUCCAUUUGAGUGGUAUACUUCAAAUAUACUCUUUCUAGAUUCAAUUGAUACUAUUGGCAAAUGGUUGUACGAUGACAACAAGUACACAUCACUCCCAAUGUAGAUGUGACAUCCUUAUUAACGGACAGAACAUCAACCACAGGAAAUAAAAUUAGCCUCAAAUUAUUAUGAUAAGCGAUAUUCCUCUAAUUAUUAUUUAUAAGAACUUGUUUUCAUCUGAUAAAUAUUAUCCACUACCCAAAAUAGGCAGUGAAUAAUAUCAUAUAGUGUACCUAGUGCUAUUCACUUACCCCAAGGGGAGAUACAUCUGUAUGAUUCAUUUUUAACCAAAUCAGUUAUAUAAAAAUAUUUCUUGUAAAUAAAAUGAGUUACUAUCUUUAAAGCUCUGUGCAUUUCUAUGAUUUGGGUACGACUUUGAUAUAUUUUUACCCAGCAGUAAACACUUAUAAGGUUAAUUUUGUCACCUUUUUAGCAUAUACAUGUAUUUUAUUUUACAGGUGCUUUAUUUACUGCUAAACCUCUAAAACUAGCAUGAAAUGACACCCCAAUUUUACUCUCAUCCUAUAGGUAGCCAAAAGCUUUUCAAGUUAUGAAAGCAAAUCUGCUAUCCACUGAUUUGGUUAAAUACUUGUAUUAUUAUUAUUAUUAUUAUAUCACUGUAAAUAAUAUGAUUUGGUGAAAUUCUUGUAUUAUUAUAUGACCAUAAAUAAUUUAUUACAUUUGUUUUUUUUACUAAAAUCAAAUUAUUUGCUAAAAAUUUGAGCAAUUUUUUUCUGAUUCACAUGAUCAGCUGUUUUGCUUGCGGUAUUGGACUGAUUAAAUAUCCAAAUUAUCCAAACACAAUCUAUACACUAUGAAAGCUCUGUAGAACUUCUUUAAUUCAUCAUCAUUAUUAUUGUUAUUGGCAUGCAGGUGAUUAAAAUUUAAGCCAUGCUUAUCAAAAAACUGUUAUCACACACGGUAUUUUUUUUUGCAUAAAACAUAAUUGCACUCUUUUUUCAUAAAAUAUGCCAAGAACAAAAUAGGAUCAUGGCAUUUGGAGUCCAGUAAUUACUCUACUAUGGGGUGUAUUGGCUACAUUUAGUCCUCGGAGUGGCACUUUUUAAGGCAGUGCUUAGGGUAACCCUAGGAAUCUGUCACCACUGUGGAAAGUGGAUGCAGAUGUAUCUCCAAUUACAUAUGUUGGGUGAAUGGACACGAUGACUGAAAAUACAGCUGCAUUUACAGGCUACUAGAUGGACGGUUUUUAAAAUUCAGUAAAGUUGCCAAGUUACAGAGUGAUUCGGUGCAAACUAACAAGGACAGCUCUGCAAAGAUGGCAAAUUUUGCAGACAUUUGUCUGGUAAGGGAAAGUUUGUGGCUCCACCAUACCAUACAAAGGUCAUUGGGAUUAUGUGACUUUGUGUCAACACUUUAUUUCAAAUCGGACUAAUCACAAACAGCGUAAGAACCUAGCCAAUCACAAAACGCUGUCAUACAUGCAUGUCUUUGUGACCCAGUGGGAUUCAAACAUGAUAUUGUGCACUAAUUCUCAGACGGCAUGCUCUAUACAGAAGGUUUAGAGUGUCUGCAACACAGGCAAGAUCUUCAUGGGAUUGUGACAAAUCACUUUGACAUUUGGUAAUUUACCUAGUUUUAACGUGGCUCCUUCCCAUGGGUGUCAAAGGAUAUUCAUUUACUACAUUGUAGGUCUUCAUCAAAACUCAAAAAAUUGUGCAAUUGUCUACUGAGUAAAUAUGGUUCAAGGAACUUAACUGAAAAGGAACUGAAUCAUGAUGCAUGUCAACUUCAACUUGAGUGUUAUUAUUAGUUUGUACAUUUUUAUCUAAAAUGUCUUCUUCUUUUCUGAAUGUUCUUCAAAAAAUUAUCUGUGUUAUGCUUAUGAUCAAGUUCCUUUUCUAUUGUAAGUGGUGGGUGCCAGAGCAAACUCAGGAGCAUCGUCUGGUGCUCCUUGAUUUGAUGCUGGUCUCACUGUGUGCUCUAUUACCAUUAUUUUCACUUCAUUGACUUUGACACCAUGCAACUUUUGCGGUCCAACUGGGCCAUUAAACCAUUAACCUCAAUGCUCUGCCAGGAAAGUGGCCUUACACAGAGAUUUUCCCUGUUUGGGAGGUCCUCAUCUGAACCUGAAGAAUUACCUUCAUGCCACUCUGAUACAGCUGUUUCAGACAAAGACUCCUCUGAUGACAUAUAUGCAACGGACAUACAUGCAAGGUACUUGUCCUCGUCUGACUAACUGAUGCUAGUUGACUCCCUCAGAGCAUAUUGGCCUUUUAAUUUUUUUUCUGAAAGAAAAAUGACGAACCAUGAUUUAGCAGCCAACAAGACAUAGUAACCCACAGUUGGUAAACAAGCAUAUACUGCUCAUACUCAGUGUAAAUGAUUGGGUUGCAGAACAAUGACACGAUGCUAAAAGCUGAAAACACUCUCUUAAUCAAAGGAACAGUUUGAGGAUAUUUGUGAGAAAAAUUUCUCCCUGCAUUUUAUUCCUACUAACUUUUUCAUUAAAUAUAUAAUAUGUUUUUUGGAACAGGUGUUAAAGUAGAGAGCAGAAAUGCCUCUUUCUGUUGAAUCUGCAUUUGUUUCAUUAAGACUCUUUUAAGUGUAAAUAAAGACUGAAAUAAAUUAAUUCCCCUGUCAUUCAAGAGCAGAACUGAUAGCGCCCCACAGGUCACCAGGCUCUAACAGAGCACAACCAUGACUCAACUGUACACAUAAACCGUAAAACCGGUCAGAACCUGAGAACGUAACAUUAAGGCAACCCACAUGUUGCUUAGAACAAUAAUUGAUUAAUUGUGGUUAUUUGGCAUGAUAAAGCCAAAGCAUUUACUAGCAAAAUGAACUAACAAAGAUCCCUCAACAUCAUUGAGCUGUACAAAAGGUAUAAAUAAUGAGGUAUUGUCGUUUAAAAUGUGGAACAGUAAUACAGUGGUCACUUGGAAUGACACUUAUGCUUCAGGAUCUGGCAAGUGCCAUCAUUCGCAAAAUGAGCCAAAAUUAAGAUCUCACAAUAUCACUGACCCAUAUUUAUAAAGCGUAAGAGUUUUGGAUGGUACAAUUUAUGAAAGAAGAAUCACUUGUCAUUUAAAUAUGGAACAAUAAUGUGGUGGUCACUCAGAAUGACACAUAGGCUUCAAGAUCUGGCAUAUGCCGUCACUCGCAAAAUGAGCCAAAAUUAAGAUCUCACAAUAUCACUGAACCAUAUGUAUAAACCAUGAGAGUUUUGGAUGGUACAAUUUAUGAAAGAAGAAUCACUUGUCAUUUAAAUGUGGAACAAUAAUACGGUGGUCACUCAGAAUGACACAUAGGCUUCGCUCGCAAAAUGAACCAAAAUUAAGAUCUCACAAUAUCACUGAACCAUAUGUAUAAACCAUAAGAGUUUUGGAUGGUACAAUUUGUGAAAGAAAAAUCACUUGUCAUUUAAAUGUGGAACAAUAAUAUGGUGCUCACUCAGAAUGAUACAUAAGCUUCAAGAUCUGGCAUAUGCCGUCACUCGCAAAAUGAACCAAAAUUAAGAUCUCACAAUAUCACUAAACUAUAUGUAUAAACCAUAAGAGUUUUGGAUAGUACAAUUUAUGAAAGAAGAAUCAAUUGUCAUUUAAAUGUGGAACAAUAAUAAGGUGGUCACUCAGAGGGACACAUAGGCUUCAAGAUCUGGCAAGUGCGGUCACUCACAAAAUGAAAAAAAAUUAAGAUCUCACAAUAUCACUGAACCAUAUGUAUAAACCAUAAGAGUUUUGGAUGGUACAAUUUAUGAAAUAAGAAUCAUUUGUCAUUUAAAUGUGGAACAAUAAUACAAUGGUCACUCAGAAUGACACAUAUGCUUCAAGAUCUGGCAAACUUGUGCCGUCACUUGCAAAAUGAACCAAAUUAAGAUUUCACAACAUCACUGAACCAUAAUUAUGUAUAGAUGUAAAACAAGAGUUUUUGACUGUAAAAAUUUCAAAAGGGAAAUCAUUUGUCAUUUUAAAUGUAGUAGAAUAUUAAAUAAUAAAUUAUAGUGACCACUGCUUUGUCAAGUGCUGUCACCUGAAAAGUACAGUAACCCCAAAGAUCUAACAUAUUAACUCAGCUGUACAACAAGCCAAAUUUCUGAAUUAUGGGCAUGCUAAGGUCACAUCACCGACUUAUAUUGGUGUAAAAGAAAUGUUUGCCUGCACAGCUCAAGAUCCGGCUACUUAAGAUUAUUCUAUUAAUGAAGACGAUGCGCAACAAAGAGUACAGUUAUUUCUGCAGUAAACAAAAAGGAAUCAAUCAAUGGCAUAUCUGUGCAUGCAUCUUAAAUUUUAAGAUUUAUCUUAGAGGUUUUAAGCUUACGCAAAGUUAUUAGAAAACCAAAGUAAGUAAACGAACCACGAUAUCAAGAAGAACAUACCUUUCUGCAAUCCAGCUGAGUUGAUGACUUGGAAACGGGCUUUAUGUGAAGAAUAUCGCAACUGAUCACUGUCUCUCGAAGAUAACAAAGGUAUAAAUCGUAAUAGAACAGCUGAAUAGAAAGACAGGCUUUCUAUUAUCCGAAAAUAACAAAACUACUCGUUUUGCAACGCUGUAUCGCUUGUGAAGUCCGCGUGAAUUUGAACUGUUCAACGAAAGUUUAUUUUACACUAUUCUAUUGGUUCAAAAGCCGCACGUGACAAUGUAAAUCAAAUCGCGCAUGUGCCAAAGUCACAUGGAAGCCUGGGCAACAAACAUGGCGGCUGAUCUUGCGACGGAGUGCAUUCAGGACUACAUUCACCCGGACGAUCAAACUCUGCAAUCUACUAUUGAAAUGACUCCUGGGUUCAAACCUUUCACAUAUUGUGCAUUUUGUUCACCCAAAUUGUAAAUGGUAACGUUUUACGUCAGGGCCUCCUAUUCCGAGACUUCUUGUGAUAUUUUUUUUCCGAGCCACCGACACAGUAUCAGGAAACGCAUUCGACGCUAAACGAAAAAAAAGGGGGGAUGGCCUUCCCCGAAAUAACCAGCUGCAGCAAGUAAUAUUAUAAACUUUGAGAAGAAUGUGAUGGUGAUUGAAAUGGAAAAUGCAAUGGAAAAUCAAAACUUGCGUGAAAUAACACUGUGAAGUUUGGUUAAUGUGCAAACGUUGGUUAAAGUGGUCGUAAAGAUAGUUCUUUGAUCAUAUUUUGCUUAAAUUUACGCCUCUAGUAACCAUAAAUUUACACAUUAACUUUGCUAUGCCAGAAAAUAUCAAGCAAACAUUCAGUUUUGACGCUCGAUUUUUACACACAGAACAAACUGGUGGCAAAUUUGAAUCUAAACACCAAAUUUACUAUGGGGAGCAAAAGUGAAACAAAAUAUCUGUAAACUUGAUAUUUACUCCACAUUUACGCCACCCUUGCAGAAAAGUAAACUUUCACUUUCGAACAAAAUUUGCACCAAGAACAAAUAAGUAGCAACAUUAGUACCCUAAAUUUACAAUAGAUUUGCUCAACUAGCAAACUUAGGCAAAUCCGUUUUUUCGUCCAGUGUUAUAGAGAGUAUAGUUACAGUAAAACGACUUAUAAAUGGCAGGGACCAACACCUGGCCCCAGUUCUUCAAAAGGUGGAUUGCGCUGUCCACUGGAUAAAUCUCUAUUCACUGGAUAGCGCAGUUGGUUUCCCAAAUACGUAUUCACUGGAUAGUGAUUUAUCCGGUUGAUAGCGCUAUUCAGCUUUUGAACAACCGGGGUGUCCAUCUUAUAGAGUGUCCGUUAACAGAGAGUUGACUGUACCGUUGAUUUGACAUGUAGGAACCUCAACUGCUAAAAAUUGUAUAGGAUAAAGACUAGUAAAAACAAGGGAUUCCACUUUAUUAAUGGCCCAGAAAUCUGUCCUCAAUUAUUCAUUCUUCUAAUAUCUUCGGAUGGUUUUGCAAAUUUGCUUUAACGUAUCUAAUUCUUUUGUAGUUUCUUCAUGCAAUGUUAAGUGAGUUUUUUAAAAUUAAAUUUGUUGUAUGUAUUGUUUUUUCUUUCUAUCCUCGGCAAGGUCUGUGUGGUUUGUUUUGUCCAAUGUGUUUGUUAUGCGACAUCUCCGGUCGAAUGGGGGAAGGAUGUGCUUAUGCAAGCUGCUGCUGUGAAGUUGCACCAUUAACACUCAGGGCCAAACUUAGAGCUGAACAGAGAAUUCAGGUCAGAAAUAGCUUUGCAGCUACCUGUACUCCAGUGAUCCAGGCUUGGGGUUGGGGAAGGGGGGUGCGCAACACUUUAUCUAGGAAAGGUACGUUUUUAAUAAGGAGUUGGGCCGGGGUAUUUUCGAACUUUUUGGCAAAAAAGGUCGUGGCCCUCCAUUUCCUGAAAUGGUUUGAUGCAUGACCCUUCACAAACAACCGCUCAAAAUCAUUUGACCCUCCCCCACCUAUUCAACACAAGAAGAAGCGGAAGUUAAAAUAACUAACCGAAAAACUAGACUGUCCGCCGGGACAAAAUAAAGUGGACGUUGUAGAGAGGUGGACUUUGCUGGAGGUUCGACUGAAAAAUCGAAAGAGUUUUGUUCACGGGCGUAGGUAUUUCCCAAAGCUAGCUACAAAAAUUUGAUUUGAGAGCUUCUAUUGAGAUGAUGUGAUAGAUCGAGUUGAUCAAGUUGUCGCCGUAGCUUUAGCAAAUCAUCACCGUAGACUAAUUUUAUACCAGAACCCUGAGCAAAAACAUUACCAUGGUAAAGAUAUGGACGAAAGCGGCCAGAGGUUGAGAGAGACGAUUAUGUUAGUUGGAAGAAGAUAGUAGUAUUUUAAUGGCAUUUUUGAUGUCAGCAAAUAAUUUGGAUUCAUCUUGACUAGUAGCUCUGCUUGUACGUACAAGUUUUAUUUUUCGAAAGACUUUUGAAUGCUUACUAACAAAUAAAAGGAGUUGACUUUAAAAAACGCGACUUGUAGUAUUUUUUCCCUUGCCGAAAAAAGUGUGAUGCUCCCGUGGUUGCGAACAAAACAGGUUUGGCGCUCCCCAAUUUGAAAACACUUCGUUUCACUGGCAACCCUCCCUUCUAAAGCCCCGGCCCUCCCCCACCCCUCGCCCCCCAAUUAAAAACGUACCUUCCCCUAAAACCAGUAAAUUUAAUCUAAAGCUUCAUGCAAACGGACGCAACAUUGUUGGAUGUUACAUUUUGUGUCCCUUUGCACACCCUGUUGCGUGUUUUUGGAUGUUCUUGAGCAAAGUUUGAAACCGCACGCAUUUAGCCCAGAGCAAACGGACGCAACAUUGUUGGAACGUUUGCACGUACAGUAGCUUAAAGAUUGGAGUUACAGUUUUGAAUUUAAAACUACUGUUUGUCAGCUUGAACAAUUAUCUGUUCUCUUUUCUCCAAAGAGAUUUUUUUUCAAGUGUGCUGUUAAAUAAUAUUUAAGUCAAUACUAAGAGGUAAAGAUCCUUAUUUUUUAUGUCGGUAACUCGUAACAUGUUCUUAUUAGCAUGACAACGUUUAGGACGAUGUUGGUUCAUUUUAUCGCUGUCUUUCAACCGGUACUCCAUUUUACAGGUGUUUAAAGCCAUAUAAGGCUACACGGAAAGGAAAGAAGUCUAAACGCAGGAUUUGAGCGCAGAGACCACACCUGGCAGGGAAUAGAACUCGGAACCGCCCGCACAGAAGGCCGCGCUCUAUCCGACCUAAUCCUUCUUCCUGAAAUACUUUUAAGUACAAUUUUAAAAAAUUAUCAAAAAGUGUCCCUUUUGUCCGAGAAUAGCAUGUUUGGCAAAUUCCAUAGAGAUCACUGUACUAAUUGCGGUAUUCAAGUCUUACCUUUUAUCAAGAGAGAAUGAUCUCUCUUGCUUUUAUCUUUUAUUCCAGCUAACAAUAGCAGUAGCUGUUUGAGAAGACGGUUGUUAAAGACAGUUUUUAAAGAAACUAUGACUUAAUUUUCAGGGCUCCCUGUGCAAUGACGCUGUUGUUGUUACAUUCUGUGGUACCUGCGUUUUGUGUCAGAUGGACCGUGAACUCAAAUCCAUCGGAAAAUGAUCUGCAGUUUCAAGAAAAACAGUUCUUGUUUUAUCGUUGUUACAAUCUGUUGGAGAAAUCCGCGCCCUUUUUGCGGCUUUACGAUUGAACAUAAACUUAAGAUUUGGAGACUGUUAAAAGUGUCAUGGUUUCUUCAAGUUUGGAAUAAAAUUCCCGUUUAGCCCACAAGUGACGUCGAUACUCACGGUGUGUGCUUUGGUUGGAUUAUUUUGUAAGCGUGUUAAUAUUCACUCAUUAUGGUUCAGCGCUAUAGCAUAGUGAGAUUAAUUACGACGAUUGGUAACCCUCUAUGUUUUUAUUAUUAUUUCAUUUUAUGGUUUCUUCCAGUUUUUGCUGAGAAAUUUGACUAACAGGAACUUUAUGUCUGUUCAGUUCCAGAUGAAUAUUAUGAAUGUUCAGAGUCUAAUAAUUAAUUCUAAAAGAUGUUUAAACAGCAUGUUGACUAUACUCUGACAAGGUAAUGGGUUGGCAAACCGAGCAGUAUAGUUCUUAGAAACAAGGUUUAAAACAGGG